AUGAAAUCGGGGCCUGUUGGAGCGACGCGGGGCCGUCCUCAGUUCCUGCUGCUGGUCUUGUGGGCGCUGCUGCUUCUGACCCACUCUUCGGAGGAAGAGAAGAAACGGAAAAACACCAGAGAUGUAAUUUUUGAUAUUUGUGCUACUUGCCAUGCAAAUGCCACAUGUAUACAAAAAGAUGGCAAAGAUAUCUGUGAAUGCAACUAUGGAUUUAUGGGAAAUGGAAUAACAAUCUGCCAUGAUAAAAAUGAAUGUCUUUCUGGCAUUUGCGGUGAACAUGCUGUAUGCCAUAACACACACGGAAGCUACUACUGUGUUUGCCACGUAGGCUUCCAGCCUUCUAAUAAACAUGAAACAUUUAUUCCCAAUGAUGGCACAAAAUGUAUAGUUGUGGAUUGUGGACCUCCACCUUAUAUUCCAAACACUCUGUCAGCUCCUGUGAAUAAAACCACUUAUGGAAACCAAAUUCUUUAUGUUUGUCAGCCUAAUUAUAUCCUUAAAAGUGGAAACUCAACUGCGGUUUGCAAUGCCAAAGGAAAAUGGGAAGGUGCAGAUAUGGUGUGUAAAGAAAUAGACUGUGGAAAACCACCGUGGCUGCCAAAUGCAGACAUUAUCUGGAAUAACAGCACAACUUUAGGGAGCACUGUAUACUAUAAAUGCAAGGAUGGAUUUCAGUCUUUUGGAGAACAUAAUUUUUCACAAUGUAAAAUAUCUCGCAAAUGGGAAAACAUUACUUUUGAAUGCAAGGAAAUCAUUUGUGGCCAACCUCCUGUACUGUCUUUCUCAAACGUGAUAUGGAAUGGGUCUACUCAUCCAGGAAGCACCGUAGAAUACAACUGCAUGAAAGGUUUCUAUUCCAUGGGGACAAAAAGUCAUUCUGUUUGCACCAGAAAUGGAUCUUGGGAAAUGUUGGAUUUAAGAUGUAAAAAAGUGCAAGACUUCGUUGAUGUUACAUGGAAAGAUCCUUGUGUAUCAUGGAAGAGACAUUAUGGAAGCGCUGGAGUAAAUGAAACUUAUCAAGUUACUAUGUUGAUGCUAGGAAAUGAAUCAGAGGACACGACAGAUAUGUUGAUCAAACCACCCGCCACUGAAAUGACUGUAAAUGUGUGUUUGCAAUUACGGCAACACACAAAUUACACUGUGGACAUUAUUGCAGACUCUCUUAAUUUGCGUUUACGGCUCAGAAUAGCACAUCCAGUAAUUCAUCCAGUGGUUGAAAAGACAGUAUUCAACAAUAUCUCCAUAUUUAAUGACACCUGUAUUAAAUGGCAGAGAGUCCCAGGAAGAAGACAGUCUGAGGAAAACUACCUGGUAGAAUUGAAUCACAAUUCUUACCAAGUGAUUGUCAUUCCUGGGAUUCCACUCUGCAACUUUAAUUGCUACUCCUUGACCAACCACUCCUACUUCACCAAAGGUUCAGAAUCUGGUAGCUACGUGACAGCUGAGUUCUCAGCCAAGAGCAUCCCUGAGAACAGGUUGACCUUUGUUCUCGGAGACCGACUAUAUUAUGGAGGAUUUUAUAAUGCUCCCUUGAAACCAAGAAAAGCGUAUUGCAUUGUACUUAGGACUGUCAGCAAGUGGAAUUGGAUGAGAACGCAGUCCUGUGUAAUAUGGGCCCAUAUUAGAGAUAUAUCAUUUCCAGUACAGCACUUGACUAUUGUUAUUUUAAGCUCAGUUGCUGCUAUCAGUACCAUCUUUUUAUUAUUACUCUGCCUAGCAUGCAGCACAUUCAACUCCAGCUGAACCACCAAGAAAAUGUUUGUUUGUUUUUGAUAGACUGGAUAUUUAUCAACUGCUAUCAAUACUGCCCAAGAAAGCAAUGCAUGGUUCUGCAAAUGCUUUUGUCUAAUAGAUACAACUCCUGAUCAUUUGGAAGAGAAUAAAAACAAGACAGAAAUACAGAGCUAUCCUUCAGUGCUCAAGAGGUGGAAACCCCUUGUGCAAAAUAUCAUCUCCUGUCUUCUCUCGUUUAAAAAUAGGUUUUCAUACCUUGUUUUCUUCAUGUAAUUUUCAACCUUGAAGCUUGUUAUGUUUGUUAACACACAUACACAUUUUA